AAACCCUCCAGAGGGAAGGGACGAAAGGCAGGUCUUGUUUGGCUUCUGGGCUCAUCUAAUACCUGUGACACAGCAAAUCCACAGUCAUGAAGAUCCUUUACCUGCUCUUUUCUCUCCUCUUCUUGACACUCCAGGUUUCUCCAGGUUUGUCUUCACCCCGGCGGGACAUGUUCUUCUGUAGAAAAGGCACUUGUCACUUUGGAAGUUGUCCCAUCAGUAAGAUUAAAGUUGGAAAUUGCUUUGGGUUCCGCUCCUGCUGCAAAUGGUGAGCCUUGGGAUGUAUAAAUACUUCAUGGAUUGUCCAUUCAAGAGCGAUGAAAAUUUCUUCUAAAUCCACGAAUUUGCUUUGAAUCCCCCUUACCCUAAAAUCACUGGAUCCUGCUAUAAAGCCUCACACCCCUUUCAUUUUUAAUUCAAAAUGUUAUGAUGUAAAGUAAAUCCAAAUGUAUUCUGCAUUGCUUUCCGUCCUUAUGAAUAAAUUCCUGUUGCGUAGCAUUCACGCCACUGAA